AUGGAUUCAUCGGGAAAUAAAGUUCACGAAUAUACGAAGAAAAUAUGGUACGCCCCAAAUAAAUUCGAGUCAUAUGGUGAUGAAGAAAUCAAAGCUGUCGAAGCCUGCUUACGCAAGGGUUGGCUUGCACCAGGUCCCAUUACUGAACAAUUUGAAUGCGAAAUAGCAAGUAUCUUUGGAAAAAAAUAUGCUGUAAUGGUUAAUUCAGGUUCAUCAGGUAAUAUAUUGGCAUUGCUCGUUGCAGGUUUGAAAGCAGGCGAUGAAGUUGUUACACCUGCAUGCACCUUUUCUACAACUGUUGCUCCCAUUGUUCAACUCGGCAUCGUACCCGUAUUCUGUGAUGUAGAAUUCGGUUCGUAUGUACCUUCUGUCACACAAAUUAUUGAAAAAGUUAGUCCACGUACAAAAGCUUUCUUUCUUCCGAACUUGAUCGGUAGCAAGCCUGACUGGCAAGGAUUAAAGGACCAAUUAUUUAUGUUAGGUCGUCGAGAUAUUUUGCUCAUCGAAGAUUCCUGCGAUACGAUCACGAACACUACAAUAACAGAUAUUGCUGUAACCUCAUUUUAUUCUAGUCAUAUCAUUACAGCAGGUGGUGGUGGUGGAAUGGUUAUGUGUAAUGAGAAGAGUCAACGUGAUCUUGCUUUACAAUAUCGUGAUUGGGGACGAAUGGGUACGAACACUGAAUCAUUUUCAGAACGUUUUGGACAUUUUGUUGACGACAUUGAAUACGACUUCAAAUUUUUGUAUCCUGUUCUCGGUUAUAAUUUGAAAUCGACUGAAAUGAAUGCUGCAUUUGGUCUAGAACAGUUAAAAAAGUUACCACUAUUUCUUGAAACACGUCGUCAAAAUAUAAAUCGUUUUGUGCAACAACUCAAAGAAUUAGAAGCUCAUGGCCUUAUACUCCCAAAAAAUCAUGACAAAGUAGAUUGGCUUGCAUUACCACUCAUGUUACCCAACCGCAAACAUCUUCUUUAUCUAACAGAAAGAGAAUUUUCUGAUGAUGAUUCAAAAACAAGUGCUGAUGAAAUUGCUGCAUCGCAGCAAUUAUUUGAAGUUUUAAAAUCAUUUAAAGAUAGCUCUUUGAAUCAACUCGAUGUGUACGAAACUCUCGACUUUAAUGAUGAAUAUGAUGAAUGUGAUGAAAUAACUGACGAAGAAGAAAGUACUGAUGAAGAAUGUGAAAGUAUCGAUGACAUGGAUGAUUUUGAUGAUGAUCAAGAAAUGCAUAUUUAUAAUCAAUUCACAUUAGAAGAAAUGGAAGAUAUAAUCGAAUGGGUUGAUCAACAUCCUAAUUAUAAGUUUACGACUAUUAAACAUAGAUUUCGAAAAGUCAAAUUUCCCAAUUAUAUAUCAAGAUUUCGAGCAUAUAUUAAAGAGAACGGUACAAGACUUGAAAAACUCGAUCGAAUCAAGCAAUUUAUGUGGGAUGAAUUUUAUAUCAAGAGAACUAUUGAAAAAGAAGCUGUUCAUGAUACUGAUUUAGAACUUUUUGCAAUUCAAAAGGCAAGGGAAUUAAAUUGGGAUAAUUUUAAAGUCAGUGAAUCUUUUAUUACAACGUUCAAGAAAGAAAAUAAAAUUUCAUCAAGAAGAUACAAUAAACUUAUUACUCGACUGUCUUCAAACAGAAAAGCUUGCAGUUUAGAAGGUAUGUGA